AUGGCAAUACUACCGGCAAAAAACUCUGGUAAAGCAAAACAACAUGCUUCUGGAGCAAGGUUUCGUCAACGGAAAAUUUCUGUUAAACAACCUUUAACUAUUCAUAAACAAAAGGAUUUACCGGCCUAUGAUCUCAAUAAUAAUGAAUUGGAACCAAGUCAAGUUAAUCAUUUAAGUGCAACUGGUAAUACUCAACAACGAGAUUUACAUUCCAUUGAAACUGGAGUUGAUAAAAAUGAAGAAGAUGAAGUUCAUUUACAACAAGUUAUAAAUGCAGCUCAACGAGCUUUAUUAGGUUCAAAACUGGAUGAAAAUCCUAAAAAUAAAAAGGAAUCAUCAUCAAAUAAUAAUAAUAAUGAUAAAGCCAAUACCAAUAAUAAUGAUUCAGGAAUUUCCUCAUCUGUAUAUAUUCCAACUCCUGAUGCAUCUAAAUUAUGGCCUGAGGCUCAUAAAUAUUAUAAUGAUCAAUCAUUUCAAGAACCAGAUUCUUAUAUAAAAUUCAGUGCAACUGUGGAAGAUACCAUUGGGGUUGAAUAUAAUAUGGAUGAAGAAGAUGAAGAAUUUCUUACUAAUAUAUUAGAUAAAGAAUAUCCAAAACCUCCUACCACUAAUAAGAAAUCAAAAAAUAAUGAAGAAAAUUUACGAAAAUGUUCUGAAUUAGAAUUUGAAAUAAUUUGUGAUAAAUUAGAAAAAACAAUUGAAGAACGUCAACCAUUUCUUUCUAUGGAUCCAACCAAUAUUUUAUCUUAUGAAGAAUUAUCAUCAUAUAUAAUAGAUGAAUAUAACAAUUCUACCAAAUUAAAUAAUCCUUAUGUUCAAUCAGCAGGAGGUAAUAUCAAAUAUAUAUCAACAACCGUUUUAAAAGAACGAUUGUCCAAAGAAAUCAAUUAUGAUCCAUAUGUUACUAUAUUUGAUAAAGAUAGUAAUCCAAAUUCAAAAUCAACUACAUCUGUUCGUUCCAUAUCAAAAUUAUUUGAAUUAUUUGGUCAACCAAUUUAUGAUCAUUGGAAAGCUCGAAAAAUUGAAAGAAAAGGUAAAUCAAUUCAUCCAGUAUUAAAGUUUGAAGAUCCAAGUGCCAAUGAAAAAGAUAAUGAUAAUGAUCCUUACAUUUGUUUCAGACGUCGUGAAUUUAGACAAGCUCGUAAAACAAGAAGAGCUGAUACUCUAGGAGCUGAAAGAAUAAGAUUAUUACAAAAAUCAUUACAUCAAGCUAGAAGUUUGAUACUUGGAAUUGCUCAACGUGAAAUUUUAAAAUAUCAAAACUUUGAAAUUGAAAAUACAAUUUUCAAAUUACGUAGUGAAGGUAAGACUUUGAAACGUAUUGUUGGUGUUAGAGGUGAUGAUUACUUGUAUUAUCCACAUAAGAGAAAGAAGGUUAUUAAACCAAAGGAAGAAGAUGAAGAAACUAAAGAAGCUAAGGCUAAGAAACUUGAUAGAAAGAAAGUUGAUUCUCGUGAAUCUUCAGCUGCUGCCAUGCCAGGUACUGCUACCAUUGGAACCAAUGCAGUUGUCAAAGACAAGAAUGGUCAUGUUCAUCAACAAACCCAACAAGAGGCUUCUGCAUCAUCAUCAUCAACUCAACCAUAUGUUAAAUUACCUCCAUCUAAGAUUCCUGAUAUGGAACUUGUUACAGUGUCAUUAGUAUUACGUGAAAAGAAUGAAACCAUCAAACGUGCUGUAUUGGAAAAAUUACGCAAGAGAAAAGAGCAAGACAAGGGUUAUGUCAAUUUCACUGAUGAUCCUCAAGAACCUUCAUUUAAUAUAUCAACUAAUCCUAAUGUUAAAGAAUUGAGUCAUAUCCCAUAUUCAUCAAUUGCUGCCGCUAACUUACAUCAAAUUAAUACUUCUAAUUACAUAAGUGAGAAUUUAAAGAAGUUAAUAGAAGAAGGUAAAAAACCAUUACCAGGUAUUAAAACUUUCAGAGGUUCAAACGGUGAAUUGAUUCCAUCAAAAGCUUUCCCUCAUAUUCUGUCUUUAUUGCAAGAUAAGAUCAAUAAAAGUAAAUUGAAUUCAAUAAGUUAUAUUGCUCAAUUAUUAAAUAACAUCGAUGCUAAUAAUUUUAGUGCUUAUAAUAGUGGAUAUACUCAUCAAUUCAAGAAACAAAAUCCUCAUGAAUUUGAGGAAGAGGCUAAAUUUUCAGAACCAAUUUUCAGAUUAAGGAAGAGAGUUAAUAGAGUUGGACAAACUUUUGUUGAUAGACGAGGUUUGAUUCAGCGUCCUGAUGAUGAAAUUGAUGAAUUCUUGAAAUUUAGUGAUGAUGAGGAGGAAAAUAUUGAAAAUGAAACUUCUAAAAAGACUGAUGAUACUGCUAAGGUUUUAAAUGUUUAUGAUAAUAAAAUUGAUGCCAUAACAAGAUUAGAUUCUAAUUGGAAAUUUGAUAGUGAUUUGUCUGAAGUUCAAAGAGGUGUUCUUGAUCCUUUCAGUAUGGAUCCUUCAAAACUUAAUUCUAUUAGUGAUGAUACUCAAUCGAUUAGAUUUGGUUCCAUGUUGUUAUCAAAGUCACUCCAACAACAACAACAACAACAACAAUUGCAACAACAGCAACAGAUGCAACAACUCCAACAACAGCAGCAACAACAACAACAGUUUCAAAAUCAACAACAACAAUUAGUUCAACAAGGUCUUGGUGCUAAUGCAAAGAAUCAAGUACCAGGAUCGAAUAUUAAUAGAAACUUGGCUACCCCUGGGUCAGUUAAAAAGAGAACAUUGUCUCAAACUCCAAGAAGUAAUGGUGAUGUAGGUAAUUCUCAAAAAUCACUGAUAUCAGGUUCUCCUAAAGCUCCUCAAAAGGUGUUGAAUUCACCUCAAUAA